UUGAUGAUCAGGAGAAUGAAGGUUACCAAGAGCCAACUGUGGUGCCAGAAGUAAUCAAGAUUGAAAUAAAAGAAGAGACAUCUACUGAUAAGUUUGGAAGAGGCCAAUGCUACAACUGGAGAGAAAUCUCCACUCUUGAAUGCAUGGAAAGUGAUUAUCUCCUGACUCAAAAUGUUCGUAAGGAAAAUGGGAUGGGAAACUAUCAAGGAAGUGGGGAAACAUUCCAAGCAAAACCCAAUUCCCAUAAUUACCACCUCAGCAGUAACAGUGACAUUAUUCCUCAUAAAAUGAUCCACACAGAAAAGAAACCUUAUAAACAUGUGGACUCUGGAAACAGCUUUAGAUGUACUGGUAAUCUUAAAUACGAUAAGAAGAUCCAUUCAGGGAAAAAGCCUUAUAAAUGUGCAGCCUGUGGAAAAGGAUUCGGUUCAAAUAGUUCCCUUACUUAUCAUGAAAGGAUCCAUAGGGGAGAAAAACCCUACCAAUGCCUAGAGUGUGGGAAGAGCUUCAUACAGAGCAGUGACCUUACUUCUCAUAAAAGGAUCCAUACAGGGGAAAAACCAUAUAAGUGCAUGGACUGUGGAAAAAGCUUCAGUUCGAAUAGUUCUGUUAAUUAUCAUAAAAGGAUCCAUACGGGAGAAAGACCCUAUGAAUGCAUCGAGUGUGGGAAGAGCUUUAGCAAGAGCAGUGUUCUUACUUCCCACAAAAGGAUCCAUUCUGGGGAAAAACCUUAUAAAUGUGUGGACUGUGGAAAAACUUUUCAUGGCCGUGGCCACCUGAUGUCUCAUAGGAGGAUUCACACAGGAGAGAAACCCUAUCAAUGUCUGGAGUGUGGAAAGAGCUUCAGCCAUAAUUGUUCCCUGACCUCCCAUAAAAGAGUCCACACAGGAGAGAAACCGUAUAAAUGUGUGGACUGUGGAAAGAGCUUCAGUCGAAGCAGUUCCCUUACUUGCCACAGAAGGAUCCACUCAGGAUUCAAACCUUAUAUAUGCAAUCAAUGUGGGAAGAGCUUUAGUACAAGCAGCUCUCUUACUUACCACAUUAGUAUCCACACAGGGAAGAAACUAUAUCAGUGCAUGGAGUGUGGGAAGAGCUUUAGGUUGAAAAGUCACCUAAAUUCCCAUCAAAAGAUCCACACAGGGUUGAAACCUUAUAAAUGUAUGGAAUGUGGAAAGAGUUUUUCUGAAAACAGAACUCUUAUUUCUCAUGAAAGAAUCCACACAGGGGAGAAAAAAUAUGAAUGCAUGUUGUGUGGAAAGAAUUUCAUGUGGAGCAAUCAACUUACUUCCCAUAAAAGGACCCAUGUGGAGGAGAUGCCUUUAGGGACUGAAAUAUCCUUAAUUCAUGUAAGCGGAUCCACUAUGAUAUGAAACCUUAUAAAAGCAUGGAAUGCAGACACAACUUUAGUCAAGAAUUGCAAACUGAUUCAUGUUAAAACACUUGACAUGCAGGACUAUAUAUCUAUAGGACUAACUUUCCCUGAGGAUAUCUGUCUGACAUUGUAAAUUACUCAGAGGGUGCUCUAAAGAGUGGUAUGUAAGUCUUAAGUGCUAAUGCCAUUUGCCUGUUCCACUGGAGCAAUAGAGUUGUCCUUUCUCUUAAAUAUUGCCAUCUCAUGGGUCCUCAGUAGUUGCAGUGUCUGCCUAUGGAACACGCUUUCCAAGAUCUGAUAGCCUCUGCCCCUUUUAUCCUUCCAGGAGCCCUUAAAAUGGGCACAUUAGAGAAAUGAGGCCGAGGCACCUUUUUGGUUUUUUUUUUUGCUGUUUGCUUUUAUAUUAUUUUAUUGACUGUAAGCCACUCAGUUUAAGAUUGGCAGCUCUAUGAAUGUUAAAAUUUUAAGUAAGUACGUAACAAGUAACCCUUGCUUUCUGACAACAAUAGGGAUUGGCAACUCCAUUAUUAAGCCAUGCAGUCAUAAAUUGAAACAUCGUAUGACUGUGCUGGUCUUACAUCAGUUGGGCAGUUCCACUUGUAACUGUUAAUCCAAUCCUCCAUGGUCAUAAAGGACAAUGUGAAUCGAUUGCAACAUGUGACUUCUUGUGGCUUCCACAUUGACUUAAUACUUAUGAGAAGCUGGCUAAUUUAAUUUUUGAUUGUGUGCCCUGAAAUCAGGGUCAGCUCUUGUGACUAUAGAGACUUACUACAAUUGGAUUGGAACUUUCCCUGCAAAGCAAUUGGCCACUAAGCGAGUAA